AUGGCUCUAACGGCGAUUUCUCCCUCUCCGGCUUCCACCAGCAAUAAUGGCAAUUCACCUUCAGUUACUAGCAGGGAUAUUGUGGACGUUGAUUAUUGCAGAAAAGGUGUGAAGUACCUAAUUGACAAUUCAAAGGACAUGAAAAUUCUGCCUCCCGAGUUUGUUUUGCCACUGCCGGAAGCCGAAAGCCCAUCUUUGGCGAUCUGUGGUUCCAUUCCAGUUAUAGAUUUGAGUGGCCUAAAUGGACCUGUUGAGCAAAGACUAGCAACAAUACAUGCCAUUAGUUCAGCCUCUGCUGAAUGGGGAUUCUUUAGGGUUACUAAUCAUGGUAUAGAGAUAUCUGUCAUGGAUGAAAUGCUUAAAGCUGUAAAAGAAUUUUUUAAUUUGCCAUUAGAAGAAAAAAUGAGAUAUGCUUCAGAAGAUGUGAUGGAUCCAGUAAGAUAUGGAACAAGCUUGAACACUAGCAGAAAGCAUACUCUCCAUUGGAGGGAUUUUCUGAGGCACUACGGCGGUCCAGUUCCACAUAGCUAUCACCUUUGGCCAGAUAAUCCCCCUUGCUACAGGCGCAUAGCAAAGGUGUACUUAGAGGCGGUUUGGCAGCUUGCAGUAAAAAUAUUUGGUACAAUAUCUGAAGGAUUAGGUCUUGAUACAAAGUACAUAGAGAGGAGACUUGGAGAAGGGACUCAAAUCAUGGCUGCAAAUUUUUAUCCGCCUUGUCCUGAGCCCAAUAAAACUUUGGGACUUGCUGCACAUUCUGAUCAUGGCGGUCUCACUAUUUUGAUGGACAAUGGCAUUCAUGGCUUGCAAAUUAAACACAAUCACGCCUGGUUUUCCGUCCCUCAUGUCCCUGGCACUUUCGUCGUCAACCUCGGAGAUUAUUUGGAGAAACAAUAA